AUGAAACCAACUGAUAUCUAUUCCCGGCCUCCACCAAAUCUUAUUUAUUCGAACAAGUACUUCACUCGUCUCACAUUUUCUGACGUUGCAACCAUACAUUAUCCCACCAUUGCUCCUCCUGGGUCCUUCGCCUCCUGGACUGUCGAUGCAUCAGAACCAACUGAUCCACACACAAUCUCUAUCGAAGAUGACGAGGUCAUCCCUUCCGUUGAAGAUUUGCAGGCCAUUUUAACUCAAUUAAUGAACGUUCAGUACCAUUUUGUCAAGAUCCGUUUGUGUGUUCUUGUGAACAACAACGCCCCUGCAGUUGCGUCUGCACAUGCAGUUUACGAGCGACUGUCAGGCCUCCUAGCCCCUCGUCAUGCUAUCAAGCUUGGUGAAUGUCCUAUUCGCUCUCCUUUCCAAGGUCUCACCAUCACAGAGUUCCCACUGUUCAAACUGGGCUGUCUGGUUGGGGAGGAAUGGCUUGAGGAGGACAUCGUGAACGCUUUGUGCGAGUUCUCGUACUUCAAAAGCCACCCUUUCAUAACCAAUUCUUCUUGUCCACCCCACAUAAUCCUUCCCACUCUCUUUGCUAAUGAGGCUGCGACAUUGUUUAGCUCAACGGUCUCGACCUUCAACAAGGAUUCACUUCCCUUUAAGUCAACCAUGAUUGGUCUUCAACGGCGCUUGAAGGCCUAUCCCUUUUCUAAUAUCCACUUAAUUACAUGCGAUAACAAGCAUUAUUCUGUCCAAACAUACUGUCCAGCAACCGGUAUCUUACAGCAUUGCGAUUCCCUUGGUCGUUCCCCACCUCCAUUUGCACUCCCAAUGUUCCGAGCACUGCUUUCCGGCAAUCCUGAUGUUCCACUUCCAGAACACAUUGCCCAAGUACCUGUCCCCAUGCAAUCUCGCGCCUCUGGAAGCUGUGGCAUUGCUGCGUUUAAUUUCCUUCAGGCUCAGCUGGCCCCUGAUACCUUGCCUUGGACUGAUUCGAGCUCAGAGCACCACCGAAUGGUAGCACUCCGUGACCUUGCAUUGUUCCAUCUUGUUUCCCUUUGUCGCGAUAUUAUGGGCCCUGAAACGUUGCCAAUCUGUGCCGUUGCAGAUGAUGAGAUUGACCCGACAUUGCCGGUGGGCUACAAUGACUUUAAUCUCACACAUCCUACAACUCAUCAUAGCAUCCAUUACUUUCUAGAAGAGCUCAAAAUGGAGCCCUUCCAAGAGGUGACACUCUACGAUAAAGACUACAACCGCGAGGACUCACCUUUGACACCGCUGUCUGCAAGCCCUGAGCCUCCUAUGGUGCAAGAGGUGGACAGGCAGACCGUGUCCGACGGCUCCAUACAAAAUGAUGAUCCCAAUAAAUCCUCUUACCUCUCUCAACCUUCGAGUCCAAGCAAUCCAGACACUUCGAGUUCCUUCAUUGACUUGACACUUUUCCCGCAAUUCAUCGAAGCACAACUCCAAAACAUUAUUCCUUCCGCCAAUCAUCAUUCAGCUUCAGCUCCAAUUCAUGUGAAGAAGGAAUUUGACCCUGUGCUAGACCCUUUGCCUCAGGCUCCUAUCAAGCAGGAGGAAAUAUACCUCCCUUCUCGUCAUGUCGUGGACUUAAUUACCCCCUCCCCGCCGUCAUCACCGCUAGUUGUCCAUCCCAAACGCAAACACUUGCCUUCUGUUAUAGUGAUCUCCAAUUCCGAUUCCAGGUCCGACUCCAACUCCAACCUAUCCCCGUCACUUACCGAAGCAAUACCUGCAACAAUCCAGGUGGGCAUGGUCUUCCGCUCAGAAGAGGAUGCUAAAAGCGCCGGAAACCAUCAACUAGCAUGCCUAGGCCUAAGAAAGUUUGGCCAAGGGCGCAGCAAGAAGCAAGUUGAAACCUACACGAAGAACUUCAGCAAAAAGGGUGCAAAGGGUCUUGAAGAUACCAUCUCAGCACCCUCUAGUGCGACCUGUCCAGCCCAGCCCAAGACCCAAAGUCAACUUUCCACCCCACAUCCGGAAGUGGAAUUCUGGAAACAUCGGUACCAGAAUGCGCGCAGGAGCUUCAAACGGAAGUCUUCCGAGUACGACAAGCUCAGAAAACGACUCAGGGAGAUGGAGAAUGCCAACCAAUGCGUUAAAAAUGCUGAAGUCCGGUCAAAAACAGUCAUGGAGGCGAAGGUAUUGACCCUGGAAGCUAAGGUUAAUGGACUAGAGCGAGAGCUGGAGGCUGCUUUCGCUGACAAGGGACACUACCAGACGAAGAUCUCGGUUUUGAAGAAACACAUCGCGCAAUUUGGGGCCUGUGUGCAACGCCAGGUCAAAAAAGCGAAGCAGAAGAUUCACUGUGUCCGGGCCCAAAUGAAGAGCUGUGGGGUGUAUAAUGCACUCACCCGGUGA